AUGAAAAGAAUCACAGAAUUUGAUAGCAAACAAUAUCAUCCAGAAUGUUUUGCGUGUGCAGAUUGUCGAAAGGCGAUAACGUCACAAUUUUAUCCAUUUAAUAAUGACUAUUUAUGUGCCAAUUGUCAUGAAACACGUUUCCCAAGAAAGCGUGUUACAUGCAAACAACCCAUAAGCGCUCAGUCAAAAAUUAGUAUGGUCGAAGGUCAACCAUGUUGUGUACGUUGUUAUGAAGAUCGACAUGCUAAAAGAUGCUCGAAAUGUCAAAAAGCAAUUGUUGCCGAUGUUGAAUAUUUAGAAUUUGAAGAUAAAUAUUGGCACAAAGAAUGUUUUGUAUGUUCAAAAUGCCAGCGUUGUAUAGCAGAAGAAUCAUUCUAUCAAGAUGGUGAAUUAAUUUUAUGCAAAGAUUAUGUUUAUUGCAAUACAAAAUCAAAUGGUGAUCAACAUCAACCCUUGAACAAUUUAGUACAAUCAUUAGCUCAAUCAUUAUCUGCUCAAACAAUUGAUAUCGUUCACAAACGAAAUGAAUCAAAAUAUUAUCAAGUACCCAGAUUGGAAUGUGAUAAUGAUUUACGAAAAUAUGGUGUGAUUCGUCGUUUUUUUCGUUUCCUUAAUCCAUUUUCUUCAUCCUCCACACCUCCUGUUCCUCCACCCGUUCCUCCACCUGAAGAUAUUCGGUCAAAAACAUUCUUUCAACGCUUGAAACGAGCCUUAGCCAUCUCGCCACCGAUCGAACGAUUUUUAAUACGAACAAAAGUAACAGAAGAUCAAGACGUUGCUCGCUUAUUAUCCAAAACGGCCGCUGUAACUAUUUAUUCAUUUGUUGGAGUCACACUUUUGGGAACAGCAGGUUUAGAUACAAAACCUCUGAUCGCUGGCUUAGGAAUAACUGGAUUUACCGUGGGCUUCGCAUUAAAAGAAGUGGCAACAAACUUUUUAUCCGGAAUAUUUUUAGUGAUAAAUAAACCAUUUGUGAAAGGAUGUCGAUUGAAAAUACAUGGCAGCGGCGGUGGAAUUGAAGGUUUUGUCGAAUACAUUGAUGUUCGUUACGUACAUCUAAGAACAAACGAUCGUGGUAUUAUCAUGAUUCCAUCAGCAAUCGUUUACACUAACCCUAUCACUGUAUUUCAACCGGAUGACGACGACGACGAGAUCGAUGAGAAUAAAAAUUUCGUUGAAAGUGAAGUAAAAGACGCUCCGAUCACAAAAGAUGAUUUAAAAAUGAAAUUUAAUCAAGAACCAGUUGGCACUGAAAAGAAACGUAUUUGA